AUAGUUUGCUUGUUACCCCCAGCGGGUACUGAGCAGUGCAGUACUGCAGUUCCAUGCCCCUCUCCACCAGACUCCCCCUGCCUUGCGUGUGUCUCAAGUUUCCUCAGCUGCUCGAAUGUCGCACAUCCUUCAGCCCGUCCGUUGCCACGUGGCCCUUCGAUUCCUACCCGUCCACCGCCCACCACCGCAUUGCUAUCGCUGCUCUCUCGCCCUCGUCUCGUCGCUUCCGUCUGCAUUGCUUCCCAAGCGCCACUCCCCCCCCCUCGUUUCGCCUAGCCGCCUGCCCUCUCCGCCCAUCCGCACCACCUGCUCCAUCCCACGCGCCCCGCCUCUCCCCCCACGAAUUGUCCGCACCGCUUCGAUUCGCUCCGCCCCGCCGCACUGCGCGCCAUACGGGCAGCUGGCUUCCGCGCACUCACCGGGCGGGGGAGGCCAGGGGCGCGUCAGCAGCAUGCGCGGGGCGAGCGGCGGUGGAGUGGAGGCGGCUGUUGGGGCGGAAGCGGCGACAGGCGAAACGGUGGAGGGGGGGAUGGGACGUGAGGAGAACGGUGCCGCGCGGACGACUGGCGGCGAGGGGGAACGGGGGGAAGUCGAGGGGCUGAUGCCUGGGAAUGCGCCGGCCGAAGCGGGGGAUGCGGUGGGAGAGGUGGUUGCGGGAAUAGGGGCGGGGAGCAGAGAAAAAGGGGGAAAGGGGAAGCGGGGAGGCGGAAGGGAGAAGGGCGAGAGGGCUAGCGAGGGCAGGGGGGAGGCAGGAGGUGAGGGGGCGGAGGAGCGGGGAGGGGGGGGCAAGCGGGGCGCGGGCAUGAUGGUGGGGGGCCACGUGGUGGAGGGCGUGUCGGUGGGCGGGCAGGAGACGUGCGUGAUGGUGCCGGCCAUGAAGGUGGCGUUUGACAUCGGUCGCUGCCCUGCGCGCGCCGUGUUCCAGGACACCGUGCUCAUCUCGCACACUCACAUCGACCAUGUGGGCGGGCUGGCGUUCCACGUGGCGACGAGGGGCCUCUUCUCCCUGGCGCCGCCCACAGUGGUGGUGCCGCCGUCAGCGGUGGAGGGUGUGACGGCCAUGAUCCACUGCUUCCAGAACCUCGACGGCGCCUCGCUGCCACUCCGCCUCAUAGGCCUGCAGGUGGGCGAGGAGAUGCGGGUGGGCAAGGGCUACUUCGUGCAGCCGUUCACCACGUACCAUGUGUUGCCCAGCCAGGGCUACUUAAUUUCGUCUCGCAAGCACAAGCUGCUGCCGCAGUACCAUGGCUUGCCAGGCGCUGAGAUCAAGCGACUCAAGGACGCCGGCACACAGAUAGCGGAGGAGGUGGUGGUGCCAGAGGUGGCGUUCACGGGCGACACCACGGUGGAGUUCAUCACGGACCCCGCCAACGCGCACGUGCUGCGCGCCAAGCUGCUCAUCAUGGAGGUGACAUUUAUUGACGACUCUGUGACCAUAGAGCAUGCAAGAAAGUUCGGCCAUAUUCACAUGAGCGAGCUGGUUCCGCUGGCGCACAUGUUCCAGAACGAGGCCAUUCUCUUCAUCCACUUCUCCGCGCGUUACUCCCGCCAGGAGAUCCUGGACAGCAUUGCUGCGCUGCCAGAGCCGCUGCGAGGAAAAGUCACUCCGUUUCUACAAGAACGAACAUAGUGGGUUUCUGUUUUUGUUGUUUCAAUACCAUAAUGAAUUUAGUAAUGAGUUGGUGCUAUAAGAAGGAUCAUAAGCAUAUGCGUAUGCUUCACAUUUAUGAAGGUAGUAUUUAAAUUUAGUAUUUACAAAAGAGGGAAGUAACACGCAUACGCCAGAUGAUAGGGGGUGAGUGAUUUUUGGCACUCAAGUUUUUUUGCGAUCGAGAGCGGUUUCUUUGGUAUCCAAAACG